AUGCACCCAACCACCAAGCCCGAAGCCGUGGUGCAGAAGGAGCGUGCCUUGGCGAAGGUCACCACGGACUAUCAGGAAGACUUCGAGAAGGGAACCAAAACCGAGCAACCUCUUGCCCGAUAUGUAUGUGACUUCCUGCGUGCCACCAUCUACGCAUCGGACCCCUUCGCGCUGGCGAUCGCCUUCCACACCCUCCAGGAGAAGUUCAAGAUUGUGCGCGUCAAGAAUAAGUUUGCAGAUGCCAAGCUGAAGGAUGAGGAGCGCACAAACAUCCUGGUGAACCUUUGGGUGGAGGGCGGCGACAUGAAGCAGAUCGGUGAAGUGCAGUUCCUGUUGCAGGAGUACCUGACAGCGAAGUCUUUGCAACACUUGUACUAUGACGUGGCACGCGCAAAAGCCGCAAGUGAGCUAUUCGAUAAGCCCAUCUUUCACUAG